AUGAGCAAGUCACCAUUCUCUGCACAGCGGCCUACGCAGAGGUUUGCUUACAUCAACCAGCAGACCAACCUCUGUGACACCGCAGAAAACGAUCAGAAUUCGGUUCAGAAUUGCAAGCAGCUGAACGGUGCAACUGCCACAUUUGAUGGAGGCUUGGUGCAGAUGCGGAUCGUGGGGGUCCACAAGGUGGUGUCGACCCGGAACAACGACUUUUCGAAUCGUUCGCAGAAGGCCCACAUCACCGUGGUCCCCAGGAGUUGGAGCACCGAGGAGAUCAUCGCUCUGGUGGCCGGACUGCUGGUCUUCACGGUGCUGGCGACGUACCUCGCCGUGGCGGUGCCUGGGCUUCGCAUGGCUUCGCAUGGCUUCGCUGGUGCCACUGGCAAUCGUGAUCAUCGCGAGCCAGGCGCCAAACCGGGCCAUGUAAGUGAUCCACCCGACAGGUCUUUCACGGCCACCCUCGGUCUCAUUGCACCUGGUUUGGUGGCCCAAAUGCGGAUGGAAGCAGGGGAUCUGCUGGGGGAAGUGAUUGCUACAAAACUGGAUGAUGGCACGUGCAUCGAGAACAUCAUGGGGCAUUCACUGGUGGCAGGAAAAAUUGUUCCUCAUGGAUCGGCUUUCAAGUCUGUAGUCCAGGGCAUUCAGAAACAGGAGAAAGCUGAUAAAUCCAAGGUUGCAGGCAGAAAUCUGCAGAGGAAAAUGUUGUAUUGCAUUGGCCAAGCAGCCCGUCUAUUGACUCUGAAAAAGCUGAAGGCUGCUGAAGUUGUUUCUUUGCAACAGGACCCUCGCAAGCAUCGAAUGGCCUUGCGAUACAGUUCGUGCAGCUUGGCCAUGGAAACGUCAAGCGGCUUCUUGGGCAUCUGGGACCAGGCAGAGCACCAAGACCUCACUGCAGUCGGGGUUCGGGAUGCCACAAUGGGCAUUUUGAAGGAGUUGUGCACUCCAUCUUCAGUGGUUCCUUUCACUAGGGACACAUUGCCUCUGCAAUUUGGUGACGCACUGGACGCACUCAAGCCGAAAGUUGAACAGUUCUGCACAGAUGCAGCUGGUGACGAAAUGGUGGCUGCAGAGCUUUUGAAGCUGGAUUUUACCAAUCUCCGCAUUAGAAGCAAAGACACAGCCCAUGCAUCACGAAGGAUUGCCAGCCGAUGUACGCAGGCAGAUCCAUACCUGGCACGGGUGCUCAAAAAGUAUGUGACGGGUGGCCAGUCACCAGCACAACUGCUGCAGUUUCGACCCUACUUUGCCAAGCGUUUUGGCCACUUUGUGAAGUCCAACAACGGGUGGAGCUGCAAAAACUUACGAGCCGCGAAACAUCGCUUUGAGAGCCUCCAGAAACCACUUGGGCGACUUGUCCUCCACAUGCAACCGCUCCUGGUGACCAUGGAGACGCUGUGUCGGGAACGUGCUGGAAAAGCAGAAGGCAAAACUGCCACAGAAUUCUUGGAGCAAUGGAGCGUGGAAGAAGCUUUGACCCUAGCAGCAUUGGCCGAUGCCCACGAUGAAGCAUUCCUGGUUACGAGGGUGGCCGAUUCUGAUAGCUUUCAGCCCACAGACUUGAUGUAUGCUCUUGAGACGUUCCAGAAGAACAUAGCCUGCAUGUUCACCCGGGGCUACUUGUUUGAGACCCCUGGCACAUAUUCCACGUUUCUCCUCGAAACUCUGAAGACACCGGUGGUGUUGAUUCACAAAGGGAAGCAACUUGUGCUUGGCGGCCCUGAUGCCAUCACUUCACAAAUCAAGCAUCGUGUCAUGGGAAGGCCAUCCCGUACUAUUUUUAAACUUCAAUCUCGAUGCAUUUAUUUACCAAUAUGUCACUAUGUACCACCACCAUUGACUUGUGUACAGCGAUCAUUGCGUCACCAAUGUGCCAGGAUGAUGAACUGGGUCAAGGUGGCUACAACAAUUCUGGAAACAGAAUUCCCUUCGUUUGGGGUGUGCAUGCACUUGGCUGUGGCUUUGAGAUUGAACCUCCAAGUGGACAAAAUGCCAAGACCAUCCCAGGAUUCUGCUAAAGCAUUGGCCACAGCUUGGGGGCUUGACAAAGACACUCAUCCAAAGUUGAAAAUUUCCUAG